AUGUUCAAAAAGUGGUCCACCUUUUUCAACGAAAUGUUGUCGAAUAGGAUCAUGAAUAGGUCCACUCGAACAAUGAAUCAUUAUUCACCACGACACCAACAACAAGGAUCAUCCACACAUCAUGAUCCUUCCAAUUUAUUUAUUCAUCAAAAUGAUCUUUUGAAUUCAAAUUCUCACUCGGCCUCGGAAUUUGCUGAUGAUAUGAUUUUUCAAAUUUAUCAAUUUCUCGAUUGGAAAUUUAUAUUUUCAGUGUGUGCGCGAGUGAGCAAGAGAUGGUAUUUGAAAUCUCUUGAAAUUCCCUAUGCGUUGGAUUUGAGUGAUCAUUUCAAGGAAGGACGAUCAAUUAGUGCCACCAAAAAGAAGUUUUAUUUCGAUUCGACAGAGUUAUUGACACAUUUUUCGAAAUGUAGAAAUGUCAUUCGAUUGACGGAAUUAAAUUUGAAGGGAUGUCGAGUGGCUUAUGAAGGUGCAGUUUCUAUUGCUUCGAGUCCCUUUAUGAGAAAUUUGACCUUUUUGAAUUUGCAAAAUAAUGAGUUGGGAAAUGAAGGAAUUCGUUUGAUUGUAAAUAGUGAAAAUUCCAAGAAAUUGAAAGGCCUUGUUUUAAAUGAAAACCAUUUUGGAUACAGUGGAGUCUUAGCAAUUGCAAGUAGUGAGAAUUUAAAAUUAUUACAAACACUGCAUUUAGGACAAAAUAAUAUAGAAAGUAUUGGAUUGACAGCUUUGUGUGACAGUAACAGCAGUGUGUUGAAAAACUUAACGUCUCUUGAUUUGAGUUAUAAUUCUGUGGGAAGUGAAAGUGAUAUUCAAUGCUUGUCACAAUGUCAAAUUUUUUCAAAUUUGAAAGAUUUAAAUUUGAGUGGAAAUCGAAUCCAUUUCAAUCAAGUGAAAUUCAUUGCUUCUAGUCCAAUUCUGAAAAAUUUAAUGAGUUUGGACAUGAGUGAUAAUUUUGUAGUACCAGAAGGCGCUCAAUUCAUCUCAGAAGGAUCCUUUCAGAAUUUACAAACCUUAAAGUUGAAACGAAACAAUAUUCAGGAUGAAGGAGUAAAAUAUAUUUCUGAAAGUGACAAGAUGAAAUAUUUAACAUGGUUGGAUUUGGGUGAUAAUGGCAUUGAGAAUACUGGUAUCUCUUAUUUGGCUAACAAUAACACUUCACAAUUGAAACAUUUGACAGCUCUCUUUUUGGAGAAAAAUUACAUUCUCACCCAAGGAGUUUCUGCCAUUGCAAACAGCGUACACUUGUCACAACAUGUUCGAAUAUUGAAUUUGGCAGAGAACUUUAUUCUACAAGAAGGUAUCAAGUUAUUGUGUGAACGCAUGAAAAAUUUGACAUGGCUGAAUGUGAAGGGAUGUAUGAUUGGAAAUGAUGGAAUUGAAAUGUUAUCUCAAAGUGAGAAUAUGAAACAAUUAACAUUUCUAGAUGUCAGUUUUAAUGAACUUGGAACUCCAUGUGCCAUCUCAUUGGCAAAUAGUCCCAUUUUGAGUCAUUUGAAAGAAUUAUUAUUAUCUCAUAAUCAUGUUGGAUUUUAUGGAGCAAAUGCCAUUGCAACGAGUCCUUAUUUGAAUUUGAGGAGAUUGGAAAUUUCUGGAAAUUGUAUUGGAGUGGAAGGUGAAAAGUUGAUUCGUGAAAAUUUAGUGAAUUUGGAAGGAUUUUUUGUGCAAGAACGAAGAUCAUUUGAUGAUGAUAUCGACAUGUUAGACGAACUUGUCGACUCGUCAGAAAGUGAAUCUUCUUUUGAGUAG